AUAAUGAAGGCAGGCCCGAGCUGUCAGAGCCUCGGCAACAACACCGUGGACCGGCCCUCGCUUGUUGUCACCGCAAAUCGAUAGUUCUACCCAUCUGAAGUCAGCCAUUUUUUUUUUUUUAAUAAACAUUGCGUGGAUUUAGCCUUCGUGCCGUACUGUACGUUGCCACCGAGCAGAGAUGUGGCACGACGCCUCGUCUGCUGUGGUUCCUAGAUCAGACUGAAGACACCUCUCUUCCCUCCUUUUUUCUUUCUUUUCUUUCUUUCUCUUCUCCAGCUGGGAAUGUUGAGUGAACAGCAGGACUGGAGAGGACGUGUUGCCCUGCAAUGGAGGUAUGAUCUCGGAACCUGGGAAUUGCGACCUCCGAGUCGGAAAUUGCAAAUGGAACGCACCUGCGAGUCGGAAUUCCGACUCGGGAUGUCGGAAAAAAUCACCAACGCGACUCCCGGAGUCCGAGUUCCGAGGCUGUAGCAGUGGGUUCGGCUACUUUGUGAAGCUGAGGCUGCUGUCACUAUGGCACACUUUGACACAGAGUACCAGCGCCUGGAGGCGUCCUACAGCGACUCUCCCCCGGGAGAGGCGAACCUGCUGAUGCAUGUGCCUGAAGGAGCCAAAUCCCAGUGGCACCACAUAGAAAACCUGGACCUGUUUUUCCAAAGAGUUUAUAAUCUGCAUCAGAAGAAUGGAUUCACCUGCAUGCUGCUGGGAGAGUUUUUCGAACUGGUUCAAUUGCUGUUUGUGGUCGGCUUCACAGUGUUCCUCGCUAACUGUGUAGAUUAUGACAUCCUCUUUGCCAACAAGUUUGUAAAUCACACCGAUUCCUCUAAAGUUACCUUGCCGGAUGCCUUCCUCCCAGUGAACGUCUGCAGUGCACGUAUCCAAGACAAUAAUGCAUUUGUGAUCUUUGUGCUGAUCAUCUCUGGGGUGUUCUGGCUACAUCGGCUGGUCAAAUUCAUCUACAACGUCUGCUGUUACUGGGAGAUCCGAUCCUUCUAUAUCAACGCCCUCAAGAUGAACAUGUCAGAGCUCCCCUACGCAACAUGGCAGGAGGUGCAGGCCCGGAUAGUGGAGAUCCAGAAGGAACACCAGAUCUGUAUUCACAAAAAGGAACUUACAGAGCUUGACAUUUACCACCGCAUCCUCCGCUUUAAAAACUACAUGGUUGCCAUGGUGAAUAAGUCACUCCUUCCUGUGAGAUUUCGACUUCCUGUAUUUGGGGACUGUGUUUUCUACACUCGGGGUCUCAAGUACAAUUUUGAGCUCAUUUUCUUUUGGGGGCCAGGCUCUCUGUUUGAGAACGAGUGGAGCCUAAAACCAGAGUAUAAGAGAGGAGGCAAUAGGCUGGAGCUGGCUGACAGGCUUGCUUCUCGUAUCCUUUGGAUUGGCAUCGCCAAUCUGCUGCUGUGUCCGGUCAUUCUGGUGUGGCAGAUUCUCUACGCCUUCUUUAGUUACACUGAGGUGAUCAAGCGAGAGCCUGGAUCUCUGGGAGCGAGAUGCUGGUCUCUCUACGGUCGCUGUUACCUGCGUCACUUCAAUGAGCUGGACCACGAGCUCAUGUCGCGCCUCAGCAAAGGCUACAAGGCUGCGUCCAAGUACAUGAACUGUUUCCUUUCACCACUGCUGACUGUGGUGGCCAAAAAUGUAGCUUUUUUCGCUGGAUCUCUCCUGGCUGUUCUCAUCGCCCUGACCAUCUACGACGAGGAUGUUCUCGCUGUGGAACAUGUUCUCUCGUCAGUCACCCUGCUGGGAGUGUGUAUCACAGUCUGCAGGUCAUUUAUUCCUGAUAAGCACAUGGUGUUUUGUCCUGAGCAGCUGUUGCGGGUCAUUCUGGCUCAUAUCCACUACAUGCCUGACCACUGGCAGGGCAAUGCACAUAGAUAUGAGACCCGGGACCAGUUCUCACAGCUCUUCCAGUACAAAGCAGUUUUUAUUCUAGAGGAGUUGCUCAGUCCAGUGGUGACUCCCAUCAUUCUUAUCUUCUGUCUGCGGAGAAAGUCUCUGGAGAUCAUUGAUUUCUUCAGGAAUUUCACAGUGGAGGUGAUCGGGGUGGGAGACACCUGCUCCUUUGCCCAGAUGGACAUCAGGCAGCAUGGACACCCUGCAUGGAUGUCGGAGGGGAAGACAGAGGCAUCUAUAUAUCAACAGGCAGAGGACGGAAAAACUGAGUUAUCGCUGAUGCACUUUGCCAUUACCAACCCUCAAUGGCAGCCUCCUCAAGAAACAACUCACUUCAUCAGCCAGUUGAAAGAAAGAGUUCACAGAGAGGCCACCGGGUUCCCUGCAGACGCACAUCAACUCUCACUGUCAGAGUCGGAGCCGAGGAGCCUCGUUGCAAACCUCUUGACAGGCCCUUCUGCCCUGGCCUCUGUUCAUUUUGGGAGGGAUAGCUAUUUGGCCAAUCACGCAGCAGCUGGCGUAAGCGAUGGAGCGUCUGCCUUGCGCUCCCUUUCCCCAAUCAGCAGCAGUCUGCACUUGCGAGGUAGUUUAAGUGUAGCUCAUAACAAGACUUCAACCAUGAGCAAGGCAAUGGCAGGCUCUGGGACUGAUGCCCGAACUGUGAGCUCAGGCAGCAGUGCAUGGGAGGGUCAACUCACCAGUUUGAUACUAUCAGAAUAUGCCUCCACUGAGAUGAGCAUCCACGCACUUUACAUGCAUGAGCUUCAUAAACAGCAGUCCCGCGGAGAGUUGUCUCGUCACACCUGGCACAGGCAGGAGAGUGAUGAAAGCAGCGAUAGCCUCCCCGAAGAAGUGAGGAGCCAACCCAACCCUCAUUCUAGAAACUUCCCCCGCUCACAUACCUUCCCCACCACAGUUGCCAGUCCUAGUGCCAUUCCCACUUCAGCUUCAGCCAGCCGCAGUAAAACCAUUGGCCAGGAGGGGGGAAGCAGCCAUCAGAGAUAUAGUGGACCGACCACAGAUUCUUUUGGCGCAGGGGGGAAGGUAGUGAGGUCGGCCCGUGUCCCUAUGGGAGGGUGGGCAGAGGACGGCCAGGCAGCAUCGCGACACCAUGAUCCAGUACCGGAAGAGAGCUCAGAGGAUGAAAUGCCUCCUCAAAUACAAAAGGUUACGUAAAAAAGCCUUGUGAAUAGGUACCAUUGCCCCACCCUCCAUAGGUAACCAGACACACAACCUCUCCCUUGGCCGAACCUUCCUCCAGGUUUGACCAUCUGAUUGGACAAAGAUGAAGAUGGAAAUCUGAAAGAUGUGCCAUGAUCUCGACAAAUACUUGAGUAUUGAAACCAUCUGGACAAGUUAAGAUUGAUACUGCCAUGGGCCAUUAAAAGACACAGUGCGCUUAUGACAUCCAUGACUUACAAUAUGACUCUCCACAUGCUUUUAAACAGGCAAAUGGUGUAAAUCUCUGCAUAUGUGCUUCAGAAGAGGACCUACAGGAUCAAGUUAUUUACAACCGCUAUUCACCACUAGUCAGAUUACACUACACUUUUAUAUAACGUCUAAAGAUUACAUACUGAAAGUGCUUGUGUUGCUGCGAAGUAACAAAUAUUCUGCCAACAUUGAAAAAUACAAAAUAAUUUGACCAAAAUGUGAUCACAAUAAUCCAAAUUGUGCACUUUUUCAAAUCAGAUGAACAUUUUGAAGAUUUUUUUGGGGCUCUGCAACAAUAACAGUACUCAGAAUGUGUUCAGAAAGAUGUUGUGCAUCCUUCCCUGUGCUCUGAAUUUCAGCAUGCAUCGCUGCCUCUUUAAUUUAACUCUGCAUUCAUUGCAUUACAAAGUUUCAGUGAAUCUUUCAAAAAUGUUCUAAACCCCUUUCCUGAAGUUUGGCUCUGUUUGCACAGAUAGGCGCUCGUUUUAAACGUAGAUUGUACAAAGAAGCCCAAAUUUAGUGCUCACACUGCACUGUGUAAAUAAAUAUUAUCAGGUAAAUUCACAGCAACCAUACAGAAUACUGAACUCUCAUUAUCUAAAUCUCAGUAACAUAAUUGUAAGGCCAGAAUUUUGCCAUGUAUAACCAGAGAUGCUGUAUGUGAGCACAUUUUAAUCUGGUUUGUGUACUUGUUUUAGUGUUUAUUUGUGCUGUUUUUCAAAAGACACGAGGUAAAGGGUGUGGUAGGCAAACGAGGCGUGUUUUAAGCAUGGAAUAUUGUCUUGUGUGCCAUACAAGAAGCCCCCAAGCACAAGUGCAUGACUAUCAUCAACCCUUCUUCUGGAGAGUUUCUGACUAGAUCGCCCCACAGCCAGAAUACUGAAGAUUACUGGACAACCUCCUCAUCCUGCUCACUCACAGCAUGACUUCCCUCUGUUCCCCUCAACAAGCAGCAGUUCUUUAAAAGAAUAAUGCACUUUAAUAAUGUGUCAAUGUGGAGGGAGUCUCUUAACUGGGGCCGUUUGUACGUUUUCCUAUAUAUAUAUAUAUUUUUAAUCGUUUAAUUUAUCAAAAGGGAUGUGCCAUGAUGAUUGACAGCUGUGAAGAGGGUGUGUUUUUUUCUGUUGUAUGUCUGGAUCAGAAUAAAGAAGCAUUAUGACACUGCUGGACUCAUGUAGUGAGCCAAUGCCGUAAAGACGUUUACUUUUCUUUGUUUUUGUUUUAUAGAACCUGUAAAAUACCAUUUUGUACAGCUGUAAUUUCAUCCAUUAAAGACAAGUGAAGUGUGAA